GUGCGGGCGGCGAUGAGAGCGAAAGUUGCGCUGGGUUCGGCGCUGGGGGCUUGAAGCGGCUCCGCGCUCCGCCCGCCUGGGCCUCCCCCAGCGCCAACUCGUGCGCGUGGGCUCCCGCCGCGCCCGCCCGGCCCCGCGCCCACCCGCGCCCCCUCCCCCCUGCCCGGCGACCCCUCCUCAGGAGCCGCGGGUCCCCGCUACUUUCGCCCGGCCCCGGCCCCCGCCGAUGCCGGCCAUGGUGGAGAAGGGCCCCGAGGUCUCAGGGAAGCGGAGAGGGAGGAACAACGCGGCCGCCUCGGCUGCCUCAGCCGCUGCCGGCUCGGCCGCCGCGGGCUCGGCCGCCUCCGCCCCGGCCGCCGUCGCCUCCGCCCCGGCCGUCGCCGCCUCCGCCUCGGCCGCCGCCCCCAAUAAUGGUCAGAAUAAAAGUUUGGCGGCGGCGGCGCCCAAUGGCAACAGCAGCAGCAACUCCUGGGAGGAAGGCAGCUCGGGCUCGUCCAGCGACGAGGAGCACGGUGGCGGCGGCAUGAGGGUCGGACCCCAGUACCAGGCGGUGGUGCCCGACUUCGACCCCGCCAAGUUGGCAAGACGCAGUCAAGAACGUGACAAUCUUGGCAUGUUGGUCUGGUCACCUAAUCAGAAUCUGUCAGAAGCAAAACUGGAUGAAUACAUUGCCAUUGCCAAAGAGAAGCAUGGGUACAACAUGGAACAGGCUCUUGGGAUGCUCUUUUGGCAUAAGCAUAAUAUUGAAAAGUCAUUGGCUGAUUUGCCCAACUUUACCCCCUUCCCAGAUGAGUGGACUGUGGAGGAUAAAGUCUUGUUUGAACAAGCCUUUAGUUUUCAUGGGAAAACUUUUCAUAGAAUCCAGCAAAUGCUUCCUGAUAAAUCUAUAGCAAGUCUAGUGAAAUUUUACUACUCUUGGAAGAAGACAAGGACUAAAACUAGUGUGAUGGAUCGCCAUGCUCGGAAACAAAAACGUGAGCGGGAGGAGAGUGAGGAUGAACUGGAAGAAACAAAUGGAAAUAACCCCAUUGACAUUGAAGUUGAUCAAAACAAGGAAAGCAAAAAGGAGGUGCCUCCUACUGAGACAGUUCCUCAGGUCAAAAAAGAAAAACAUAGCACACAAGCUAAAAAUAGAGCAAAAAGGAAACCCCCGAAAGGAAUGUUUCUUUCUCAAGAAGACGUGGAGGCUGUUUCCGCCAAUGCCACUGCUGCUACCACGGUGCUGAGACAACUAGACAUGGAGUUGGUUUCAAUCAAACGACAGAUUCAGAAUAUCAAACAGACGAACAGUGCUCUCAAAGAAAAACUUGAUGGUGGAAUAGAACCGUAUCGACUUCCCGAGGUCAUUCAGAAAUGUAACGCUCGCUGGACCACAGAAGAGCAGCUCCUCGCCGUACAAGCCAUCAGGAAAUACGGCCGAGAUUUUCAGGCAAUCUCAGAUGUGAUUGGGAACAAAUCAGUAGUACAAGUGAAAAACUUUUUUGUAAAUUAUCGACGCCGCUUCAACAUAGAUGAAGUUUUACAAGAGUGGGAGGCAGAGCACGGUAAAGAGGAGACCAACGGGCCCAGUCACCAGAAACCUGUGAAGUCCCCGGACAAUUCCAUGAAGAUGGCUGAAGAGGAAGACGAGGCUGCUUCUGUUCUCGAUGUCAGAUACGCAUCUGCCUCAUGAGAAACUUUGGUAGCUUUGGACACUUGGUAUGGACUACUGUGUUAUCCAGGAUAUCAGGUAUUACGAGACAUCACCUAGCCAUCUGCAUCACAUCUCUGUGGACAAGCAGCUAUUACCAAAAAAGGCAUAUACUUCAGUCCUGUGCUACACCUGCCUUAAUUCUUUGCUCGUUCCUCCAUUUUUGCACCACUUCCCAGAGAGCUCUGUUGCCUCUCUCACUUCUCUCUGCCCAAGUGCUCGGGAACCUCACAGCCUGCACGUGGCCUGUGACUCCAGGAGCCGCCUCCCCUGUCGGAGCCUUCAGGGCCCCAGCCAAGCCAGCUCUUCCCAGUCGACAGCUUCGGAACAGGGCGUCUACUCAGAAGGCACCACUCUGCUCCUGCAUGGCCUGCGAUUUCUACUUUGUGCGUAAUUCUCAGAGUAACUGCGACCCUGUUGGCCCUCUGAAAGUUUCUCUUGUUCUUUUCUGAGACAACCACCUAAGUGAGAUCAUGCUUCUUUGGAAACCACACCAUAUUGGCAGACUGUAUGGUAACUCCUAUCGUGCCAAGCAUCUUGCUGCAAGUCACAUUUUCCUAAACGUAGGGUCUAAUUAUGGUUUAUAAAUUUAGUUAGCUUAUUUUAAACCUCUCCCUUCUCCCUUCCCAAGUAUUAUAGUAAAAAUCUCAUUCACAGCAACUGUCCUUGGACACUGUAGCUUAAAGGGAACGUGGACCUCAACGCUUUUCUGCCUUCAACUUUCAACAUUGUGAUCCUGGGGUGGGUGCCACCCCUUCUUUUCCUGACCCCACCCCACAGCCCCCCACCACCACCCAACUCCAAGAGAUUCGGUCCAUAUCACUGUACCUGGUGCUUGUACAUUUGGAAUUGGUGCCUUCUCCUUUUGGCAACCAUGUUAUCAAUCCUUUUUCUGUUUUGGUGUCUUACUUCUUUAAAGUUUAUUGCUAGCCAAAGAUGACAUCACUGAGAUUAGGAGACGGGAGAGCUUGCUGCAGAUUCUGACAGUGCAGAUUUUAAAUGUCAGGUUAGCUCAGUAAAGGAUAUUAGAAUAGCUGGUGAUGGUUUUGUAAAAGUGGCACAUUGUCCUCCAUUCUCUUGCUAUGUCUGGCCUUUGAUAUGGCACUCCACAUGUCCGUUUGUGUCCUUCAUGUACUGAUGCGACCACACAAACACCUUCCCCUCUCUCAAUAUCAGAGUACAGGACAGAGAAGUGAUCAGCGUAUUGUUCUAGUGAGACCAAGAUAAAAAGAAACAAUCUACAAAGCAGUAUGUAAUGCCUUUUGGUUGGACUGGGAACAAGUAAAUUUUUCUAAGAAAUGCUUUGAGACUUCCAGAAUCACUUUUGUUCUCCUGCCAGACUGUGGGCCUGCGGGGGGCUGAGGAGCAGCUGUCAGGCUGCAUUCUAGCACCCCUGCUCCCCACAGCCAGCUCACACUGCACUACAUACGUUCAAGUAACUGUUGUCGUUGUUGCUGUUUGCAUCAUUUAAAUAUUUUUUUCUGCUUUCAAUACCAAAAAGAAAAAAAAUGCCGAUGCUUUAAGGCAUAACCAGAAUUCUUAAGAAUUUAAAAUAUGCAAUUAAAAUUUGAUGUGUUUUGACUCCCGAGCACCUUGCCUUUUUUUUUUUUUUUUUUAAGUCAGCUGAUUUUCUCUUAGAAAGAAGGUCAGCUAGAAACCUAGGUUUCUUGAAAUUGUACAUUCUUUUUUAGAAGUCUGGAGAGAGGUUGUUCAAAAGGGACUUUCCCAACUUUUAUCAUCUUGUCCCUACACCAGGUGUCUGUCAGUCAAGUCAAAGCCCGUGAAGGACACUCCUGCCUGGGGACAGGUGGUGUGGGAACACUAGUAAGGAAGCAGGGGCUUCUGUUACCGUGGCCUGUUGGAUAAUCAAAGGGUGGCAGGAAGAACGUGGGAAGGAGUCACCUAUGUUUUGCACAUCACUGAAGGGGACACUAAGCCACAGACCGAAGCUUUGGGUUCCCCUUGCUUCCCUCUCCUCCUUCCUGUUACCAGAAGCAGUGGGCAGUGGCGGCAGUGGGUUUCUCGCUCUGCCUGGAGCUGUGUUUCUCUCUUCCCGCCCAGGCUGUUUUCCUUAAGAGUUGAUCCCUCCUGGCACUGCUCGGAAGGGAAGCUUGAUGCUAACUCCUACACAGCGAGGCCCAGCGGUGAGCAGUGGCCAGGGGUCAUCUGUAUUCUGCACUGUGCCCUCACGAGGCUCCGGUGCUGGAUGACAGUCUCCGGCCCGGAGGAGUCACGGUGCUGGUGCACUUGUGAUCACAGCAGCUGAAUUCAGCUUUCUCCCCAAGGGGAAGGAGCAUGUCACUUUGAUUUGACAGAGGGGAAAAAAAGGGUAGUUGUCUUUGCCUGACUGCCUUUGUUGUAGUUUCAUGCAUAAGAUAGCACUGUGUUUUAAACUUUUUUUCAUUACACUGUCUUUGCAGUGAUGUAAAUGCAGGAAAUCACUUAGCUUUAAAAGCUAAGCGGUUUGGUCUUAUUUAUGUGAAGACUCUUUAACAUAUCAAGAAUUAGGUGCGUUGGCAGGUAGUGUUUGGGAUGUGAUGACUGCUUCAGAUGGAAUGUUCACUUAAGCUUUGUCUUCUUAAAAAUUAUCAAUGUGAAUGUCAUAAUUAUAUAUAUUUUUGUGGAAAAUUUCUCCUAAGUAUAAGUUAUUGUGCAAAAUAUAGUAUCAUUGACGCAAAUGAUAGUUUAACUUUUAGUUUAGAAAUCCUAAAAGAUAUAAAUUGUAUUGCAUAUGCAUUAAAAGUUUGUUCUAUUUAAUUUUAUGUAGAUGUGUAAAGUGUUAGGUAAAAUUUUUUUUCACUUAUCCAUUUAAACACCUUGUUACUUGAAUAUUGUGUUGACUGGUCUGCGACAGUGAUCAAUUCUGUAAUAUAGCUCUUUUAACCAGGAAGUAACCAAGCCUCAGUUGUGCUGGUUAGCUGAGUAGUUAGUGGCACACAGCCGGUGCGGGUCCUGGCCGGAGCCAGAGGUUAGUGUGACACACCCACUGCAUUGCCUUGGUGUAGAGUAUUUGUCAAGACACUGCUUCCUCAAAUGGGUUUUGAUAGUUUUUAGCCUGUAAGACCCUUUGAUGCUCACAAACCUCUAAUCAAAAAACAAAAUUGGAAAAGUAGUUGGGUUUUAAAAGCUUACUGUGGUGGACUAAUUAAGCAGUUUUCUGUUGAUACAAAGUUUCCUGAAAUAUCACACACCACUAAGUGUGCUCAUUGUCACUUUAAAUUUUAACUCUACCCUAUUUUUGUCUUUCUGAAUAUCAGAUGUACUAUUGGUAUAAUUGCACACCAAAAAUAAGCCAAACAGUGCAUUACACUAACUGGAUCCCGCUUUUGUGAGAGUCAUGGAAAGAUGGAGCCAACUCAGAGGAGAGCCUCUUUUUUCUCUCUUGUCCAGCCUGUUUCUAAAGCUAAUUCAGGCUUUUACUAUCAGUGAAACUUUGCCUCGAAUUGACUCAAGGUAGUUAGGUGAUCUUGUGCAAUGCUGUUUCUGCCACUCCCUGGAUCUCUGCAGCUUUUCCUAAUUGUAGUAAAGCACAACUGCAGCGACGUCGCAGUUCGGAAGAGGAAGGUCAGCAUAGCCUGUGCAUGUUGUGUAAUCAUGAGUGUUUACAGCCACCUCCUCCUAAAGUGAAAGUCUCUGCUGGGGUGGGUAGUGUUCCAUUACGUAGACUUACCGACUUUGCCAAGUGCUUUUUAGACUGCUAAAAAUUUUUUCAAGAUUUUAAAAGAUGUAUAAGGUUAAGUUUGCAAAUAUAAUGGAAAUGCUGUAUAUCUUUUGAAGUGAUAAAAUCCAUGUUGGAAUUUUAAAGGAAAUAUGUUGUAAUGAUGCUGUUGUAAGUAAUAUUUUAUUGUCUCUCUUUGCCUGUUUUCUAUUUCAGCACAUUCAUUAUGGUGAAUGUCCAUAGCAUUAUAACCGCUUAGCCAUUGAAUGAUAACAUUUGUUAGUGGAAAUUGGAAAAUUUAUUUGUGAAAUUCCGCAGAAUUCAUUUUUCUAUUUCCAAUAUUUGCUGAAGUUAAAUAAAAAUUUUCAAGCCAUUGAUGUAAUAAAAUACAAAACAAAA